UGGCUGAGUGGCUGUUGUUCCCAGUGGCUUCCACUUUGUUAUAAUCCCACUAACAGUUGAGCGUGGAAUAUUUAGUAGCCAGGAAAUGUCACGGAUGGACUUAUUGCCCAGGUGACCACCUAUCACGGGACCACGCUUGGAGUCACUGAGCUCCUGAGAGCGGCCCAUUCUACACCAAUGUUUGUAAAAGCCGUCUGCAUGCCUAAAGGGAUUGGAACACCUGAAUCGCAUGAUAUGGAGGGGAUUGGAACACCUGAAUCACAUGAUUGGGAGGGGAUUGGAACACCUGAAUCACAUGAUUUGGAGGGGAUUGGA